UUCAGCCAUCGCACACAUUGAAAGCAACACAGCCGUCCCUGCGCAACCUGCUAGCUACUGGACGCACUUUACAGUUUUCAUCAGCGAGCAAACGUUUUCGAAACAGUGCAGUGGUGGACGCAAUGGGCGUGUUCUUUGAGUCGUGGCUGAGCGAGGCGGCGGCCGUUCUUCUUGCAGCAGUGGCGGCGCUGUAUGCCUGGUUCUCACAUCGAUACACCUACUGGAACAAGCGUGGAGUGCCCCAGGUGGAGCCGCACGUACCUUUCGGGAACGUUGGAAAGCACUUUACGGGACAGAAACGUAUGGAGUUCAUCUUGCAGGACAUCUACCGUCGAUUCAAAGAUGAGAAGUAUGUGGGAAUAUAUGCAUUCACCAAACCAAUACUCGUCCUGAUUGAUCCGAACCUCAUACGCCUGGUACUAGUCAAAGACUUUGACUCGUUCACAGAAAGAAUUAUCCCCAACAACGAGCAAGAACCACUGAACCACAAUCUCCUCUUCAUUGGGGGUAGCAAAUGGAAACGGUUGCGGACCAAGUUGACGCCAACAUUUACGACAGGAAAGCUCAAGAUGAUGUGUCAGACGAUGCAGGACUGCGGCCGCGAGAUGGUGGAGGUGUUGGCAGAUUCAGCGAGUCGUGGGGAGGUGGUUGAGAUGCGGGAGGUGUCCGCCAGGUACACCACGGACAUCAUCGCGUCCGUAGCCUUCGGCGUGGAGUGCAACUGCCAGAGGAACCCGGAGGCAGAGUUCCGACAGUGGGGGCGCAAGGUGUUUGAGCCCUCGCUCAAGUCCAAGAUCGCUCAGAUCAUGUACGAUUUCGUCCCCCUGUUAGCACAGGCACUCGGUGUUGCUGGCGGAACGGAAGAAGUGUCGCAGUACUUCCGAAGCAUGGUGAGAGAGACCGUGGAAUAUCGGGAGAAGAACGGCGUGACACGCAACGACUUCAUGCAUCUGCUGAUACAGCUCAAGAACAAGGGCUUCGUCGAUGACGAUAAGCUCCACGACCUCAAGGACAGCUCCAAGGAUGUGGACAACUGGAAGCUUUCGAUGGAUGAGGUGGCAGCCCAGGCGUUCGUGUUCUUCAUAGCGGGCUUCGAGACGUCUUCGACCACGAUGAGCUUCGCGCUGUACGAGCUGGCCCUCAACCCGGACGUGCAGAAGAGACUACAGGAGGAAGUGGACGCCACGAUGAAGAACAACGGACAGCUGAAUUACGAGGCCAUCACCGGAAUGCCGUACCUAGACAAAGUCGUCUCAGAAACGCUGAGGAAGUAUCCGCCCGGCGCACUGUUGGGCCGCAAGAAUAUCCGUCGCUACCAGUUCCCCGACAAUGGGCCAACCUUAGAGGAAGGAACCUCACUUAUCGUUCCAGUCUACGCCCUUCAUCACGAUCCCAAGUACUUCCCAGAGCCUGAACGGUUUGACCCCGAAAGGUUCUCGGAGGAAGUAAAAGCAGAAAGGAAUCCCUAUGUCUACUUGCCUUUCGGCGAAGGACCUCGCCACUGCAUAGGUAUGCGAUUGGGCCUACUCCAGACCAAGAUCGGACUGGCGUACCUCAUCUCCAAGUUCGCAGUUCACCGCUGUGAGCAGACGAAGGUGCCGAUCGAGUUUAAUACGAUUUCUUUCAUUCCCAUGCCCACCACUGGCAUUCAGCUACGGCUAGCCAAAAGGAGUUAGCUACACACCGACUUGAGAAUUACUUCAGUCAAAUAUUACUCGCAUUCAGAAUCUUAGAAAACAUCCACCUUACUGUUUUAGACAUUGUAUCUUUGUGUGAUAAGGACUGCUUUCGUUUAUGUACAUGUUUGUUAUCUAUAAAAUAUCUAAAUAAAUUAUUUAUAUUGACUUA